UCAUGGGUUGUUGGCCAGGAGCUCGGCAUUGUGGCCCGGUCUGCUGCGCGCUGGUUCUGGAAACAGCGUCAGAGGGCAGCUGAGGGAAGCGUAACCUUUCAAAACGGCUGGUUGCGAGUUUCCACCCUGACAACGCUGGCAUGUGGUGGAAAAAGUUUUACGCGCGGCCUUUGCAGGAGCUUCUGUUGGAAACGUUCAUUUCCGUGCUGAGAAUGACGCAGCGUUGGAUUCAUUCCUUUACGCGUGAAAAUGCGCGCGUAAAUCACGAUCAUCUCUCGGUAUGUUUUAAUGACAAUUUGUCUUCCAGCAUAAUUGCUUAAACAACAACAAAACGACAGUUAUUUCAGCAAGAUAACUGCAUUCCGAAGUUAACUCCGUUUAUUUUGUGCGUAAUUUACGCAAACGGCACUGAAUGCGUCGCCGAUUAGAAGUGCUGCUGGUCAUAGAUGUCCACUCAUCUGGAAAGAGGCCUUCAGCUGCAGACUAGCACAACCUUAAAAUCUGAAGAAAAUGACGCAAGUAAUCUUGACGGAUGCGUCGUACAGCGCGGCAGCCCAGCGGAGGAGAGUGAAGCGUCUCCGGAGCACCAGCAGAAACCAGCACGCAAGAUGACCCGGACCCCGAAAUGCGCUCGCUGUCGGAACCACGGCGUGGUUUCGUGUCUGAAAGGCCACAAGCGCUUCUGCCGCUGGAGGGACUGCCGCUGCGCAUGCUGCCUGCUGGUGGUGGAGCGGCAGCGCGUCAUGGCCGCGCAGGUCGCGCUCCGGCGGCAGCAGGUUGCGGAGGGUAAGAGGGGAGUCAGAUGUGCAGCUCCUUUGCACCGGACGACGUAUCAGCGUUUCAGCCGAGCAGCCGAGCCGAGCCUCCUGGCAAAAAGCAUCCUGCAGGGGCUCAAAGCAACUGUGCCACUGCAGGAUGAUGCCGCCUGCUGGUCAAAGCAGGCAUCACAAGACCAAUCCCACUUCCCAUGUCCAGCCAUCAGCACCCGGAUGAGGAAGAGGCGGGCCUUUGCGGACAAGGAGCUGGACCACGUGAUGAUGGAGCGAGAAUUGAGACAGAGAGAACUGCAUGGAGACUUUUCUUAUUCCUCCUCGGUCCUCGUCCCCACCUUCUCACCUGCAUCGUUGUCCAUGUCUCCCAGUCUCCACAGCCAACCCCAGAGUAAGGACACCUCCGCCAGUGCCGGGGCAUCCGGUUUUGUGCCCGUGUAUAAAUAUAAGCCUCUGUACGAGCACGACUUCCAGUUCUGCCACUUCACUAUAAAGAGUCGUCCAUCCUCUGAAGACAAUCAUAAUGACUUCUGUCCAACGUUACGGCAAAAAUCAAAGCAAAGCAGAGAGGUGGAGGUCCAGAAUGACUGUGAUGAGACCAAACAAGACCAAGCAGGACUGAUACACAGUUCCCUACCAACACAACAAAAGAAUAAAAACAGUAACACCUCAACAGGUCAAGACCUCAAAGCUUCUUCAAAGAUAGAAAUAAUGGACAAAUACGAGAGACCGGGUGAGGGUCCUGUAGGUGAUCCGGAUACCAGUGUACCAAGCAGCAGGGUGUCUGUGGUGGUUAAGAGCUGUUAUGCAGAUGGUCCUAGUACCCAAGCAGGUCUUCAGUCUGAUUCUGUGAAGAGUCCUCAGGGCAGCUCAGCUCGGACUCCAGCUGUGCAUCCAUUACCUUUCUCUGUGGAAGCUCUUCUGAAGGCCUGACAGUGUGACUCGGGGUGGGAACUUCGUUUGUGUACUGACUAAGUGAUCAGGUCUGGAGUUUCCUAGCUCCUGAUUGGCUGAUUACACCCAAUUUAGUCAGUUGAGUAUUUGUGGGUGCAGCAGGGAGAGUUGCAAAACAUGUUGGAGCUGCCUGGUCUGUGUUUCUGAAUCUUAAUAUUUUGAUAUUUUGUGCAUCCAUCCAUUUUCCAUACCUGCU